GCUCAGUUGAAGAGUCAGAGCCCGCUGGAUUCAGAUUCUGCUCGGCGUUUUAGUUUGUGUUGCUGGUUUUUAAUGCUUUGUUUUAUUGGUAAUGUUGGAGCUUUGAAACGAUGCAGUUAAAUGUUGCGCAGGCGACAGUUUGAGAUGGAGAAAAUCUUAACAGAAGAUGAGUGCGUGGAUUCAGGAGCUGAGACUGGAGGGUCUGAUUACAGUCCUCUGUCCUCAACAAGCAGUGAGUUAUCCAUGGGCGAGCUCCAGGAUCCAUUCCUCGUCAGUGUCCACCUCAUUGCUGACCCUGGCCAGGGCAAGUUCCUGCAGCGUGCUGCUGAUGCAGUGCUGGCAUGGGUUCACCCUGAGCUGCAGCUCUUCAGAGUCUCCGAGAGGGCCUCCGUUUCCCAGCGGCCUCGGUCAAAGCGCCAUCAAAACAGCAGCCCGUCUGCAGCAUGUCAGCCGGCUAUGGCGGUCAUUCUCUUUCUACAGGAGGCGUACGGCGGCGGAGAGCAGAUACUGAUGCUUCACCACACUCUGCAGAGACCACCAUGGCAUUACCACCACACUGAAAAAGUCAGCAAUGGCCGUCGUAUGCUGCCAAUGACACCUUGCAGUCAGGACUUUUUUACUUUGUCUCCUGGCACGCCACUCUGGGCUGUGCGGCAGGUUCACUAUGGAAAGGAAAUAGUGCGGUUUACAAUUUACUGCCGCCAUGAAAAUUACCCAGAUAUGGUCCGACUGUACAAGCUUCUGCUUCAAAGGAGAGUGGCGCAGAAAAAGGAUGAUUUUUGCUUCUUUGUGGUGUACUCUAACCCCGACAUGGAGAUCCAAUUGUCGUUUAAGAGGCUCCCCAGAGGCCAGAGUCCUGUAGUGCUGGAGUCAGCAGUGAUGGAGGUGAGAGUACGGGAUGUUGGGGUAUUGGUGCCUCUGCUUCCACACCCCUGCAGCCCAAUCAGUGAGGUUCGCUGGCAGACAGAAGACUACGAUGGCAAUAAAAUCCUGUUGCAGGUCCAAGGUGCAUACUUCAGGCACAGACAGGAUCCCUGCCACAUAUCAUCCACUGCUGCUGAAUCUGCUUCAGCUCCAUCCACUUUUAUCCGCAGCACCACCUCCCACAGAAACCGCCGUCACCAUCACAGGGUGACAUCCCGUCCCAGAGUCCACCAGACCUCUCACAACUCCCUCCCUUUGGCCUGUGAGGAGCAGGAAGAGGAGGAACAGUGGUCUGACCAUCCUGACAACUGGAGGUCCCAGUGGAGGGGCCCCCGGUCAAGCUCCAUCUUCUCUCUACCCAACAUGGGCUCAGGCAGCUCCUACUCCACCUGUUCCUCGCCUGGUCCUUCUUCCACCCCCCAUACUAGGAGCCACUCCUUUAAAAGGAGCCCCUCCCUCAUUCCAUUCCGGCUCAAUGUGGACACACUAAUUGGUGCAGAGGAGACAGAUGUGGACACAGGAAACAAGGUGGCUCCUGGCAGCAGUGUUGACCUUUCCGUGGUAUCUGCAUACAUCAAAUCAAGCCUGCCCCAGACUCCCCGGCCACUGUCUGCUCCACCAGAAGACGUAGGACCCCCACUCUCUCCUGUCGUCCCAGAAAACUCCUACAAAUCAGCCACGCUGGGCCGAACUCCGAACAGCUUCUUCAUCAAAAGCACUCCCUCUGCUGUGCUGGAACUAGAUCCCCAAAGCAGCAGUUUGAGCAUGAGUGCUGCUCCGUCCUCAAGUGACAUUUCAAUAAACCAGUCAGACAGUUGCAGCAUUAUUAGUGUUCCAGCUGAGGAGACAGACAAGGUAGAAGAAGACCAAGAAUUCUACAUUUGAUUACCUGUUAGCCAAGAAGACUUAAUCUUCAGCGCUGUCAGUUAUCACUUCUACUCUGCCCCCUGGUGUUUGAUAGUAAACCUGCAGGAACGUGACAAACUGGAACAAAGUAUUGUCUGUGAAUGUUGCGUUUUCUUGUGUGUAGAUAAAAGCUUUGUAAAUGUCGAGUGAUAUAUUAAACUCUUAAUGGACCAAUCACAACUGUGUACAGAAACACUAUUCAAUAAAAUAACAUUAAUUCUCUUUCAUGUGUGAAAUUCAAUAUGUUUUGUUUAUUUAGAUGGUUAAAUGGAAAUGUCAGUUUGUAAUUUAUAUGACAUUAUUGGCUUUAUGUAUGUAUGUACACUUACCGGCCACUUUAUUUUCUACACCUGUUAAAUUGCUUUUAAAACAAAUAGCUAAUCAGCCAAUCACAUGGCAGCAACUCGGUGCAUUUAGGCAUGUUGGCAAGAUGCUGACAGUGGCAGUGCUCAGGAGAAUGGGCAGACUGGAUAUUCUCUUGUCACACUUUGGGCACCGUAGUAGCAACUGCAAACUGCUUAAAUGCCACAACCUACAACAUCAUUGUUGCUGGCCAUGUUCAUCCUUUCAUGACCACAGUGCACAAUCUUCUGAUAUCU